AUGGACACGUUAAAUAUCGACUCAAACUUUCUUACCGACUUCUUUGACAAUUGGGAGGAUGAUCUCGAUUCGGAUGCCGAGUCUGUCGGGGAUAUCGACGAAUCCGACCAUGAAACAUCCCAGACCGCUCGACAAGCGGAUCAUCGACCGAUCCAACAAGCUCACACCGACUCAUUCAAAGCUCAGUUUCUCAACGCGGGAAAGCGGCCUCUAGACGCGGUUCACGCUGUGUUUGAUGCCUUGAAAACGAACGGGCUCACUCUGUCAUGGUUCUGGGGAUUGGUGCUCUAUGGGGAUGAGGAAUGUACAUCAGAUCCAAAGGUCAAAUUUGAACGGGCAGGCCUGCUCAACAGUGUCGACUUUCGUGAGAGCAUACUGCGUUGCGCGAAACCACCCGGAGGGAGAGCUAAACGUGGUCGCGAGGUAGUGGAGGGCAUCGCCACAGAGAUUGUCGGGCAGCUCGUUGCUGAAGACAUCAAGGCCAUAGCUGAUCUAAUGACAGCAGGCGAGGAUGCUCUCAGCCGUGAAAAAUUGACAGCAUUAGAUAUGAAAAAGCUAUGUGAGGAGCUCAAAGAGAGAGCCUUGACCUUAUGGACUAUCCUGGAGAAGGCUGGGUGGAGUAAGAGUCAAGUGGAGAGGAACACGCACAAGACACCAGAGAACGUGAUCAUGAAUGUUAUCGCGAUUCUGUCAUACACUCGUUCCCACCAUCACAACCGCCUACAAAUGUUUUGGGCUCUGUACCUUAAGCACUGUGGUCUAUCUGCUCGUGCAUUUGACACUCUACAUGCUCUCGGAUUUGUUAUGAGCCACAAAUGGACCUGUGACGCACUUCUGGGCAUUGCCACAUCCGAGACGAACACGAUGGUCAAGUACAGUCGUGAGCGAGCCAUAUUCGGCACCUUCGACAACGAGAACAUACCUCGCAGAGUCUUCUCACAACGCAUCAACAACCAGAACAUGUUCAUCAGCGCAACCGGCGGCACACUCUGGGUUUUACCGAAGCAUAUACCUGUUGACCCAGAACUAAACCGGAAAUACCAGGAAGGCCGUCGUGAAGGGGCCAAGGAGUGUUUCAACUACCGAAAACUCCUCGAAGGCAAUGCCGACAUCCAGGAUCGUCAGCGCGCACAGGACACUUGGCAGAUCACUAGCUUCCUUAUUAACUCUCCCGCUUUAGAGACUUACCCCGACCGUGGACAUACUUUAUUUGACCGACCAGUACCUGUCGACGAACUUCCAUGUGGCCGCGAGCAUAUACCGGAGCAGUUCAUGUUUUCAACGGCGGAUAUUGACGAGGCCAGCUAUGAGGGUGUGGAGAAGGUUAUACAUGAGUGGUUCCGUCAGUUGAAGAUGGACUCACUGGAGGAGAUGAAGAAGACAUCGACGGGCAGGUUCUUUCCAUGGGGCGGUGACGCACUCACGACCUCCCGGCUACGAGGCCUAGCGCUAUACAAGGGACAAGACAUCAAUAGCUACGAGAGGAUGGAUUACUUGGUCGGGACGAACGGAUUCCUUCAUAUCAUGUUUGCGGUCGCGAAUUCGAUACAUGCACAAUACCUAGGCGAGUCGGGAGGAAUUGGUCUGAGGAGGGCGUUCGACAAGCUCAAGAGGAAAGGAUUACUUACGACAUCCAUCAAGGGCCCAUUCUGGCAUCACCUCGACGAAGCUUUGUGGCACGUCGGGGAGGCGAUGAUUUUGGCUUGUUGGAUGGAGGCUACCGGUGUCGAGAGAUUGGAGGAGCUGGUCGCAUGGCCACCGGAGGCGCUUGCGACAAUGGCGGGGGAGAUAUAUGAGAAUUUCGCGUGCCGCAAGGCUCUCGCUCGAACACGCACUACUGACCCAGAGGAUCAGGACGAAGUCAACUCGCAAGCCAUAAUGUUUCUUACUGACCUAUUGCCAUAUUUCAACCUUCGCGAUUCGAUCAAGCGAGGUGAUGUCGGACGUAUUCAGGACCUGCUUCCGUGGAUGCUACUACGCUUUGAAGGUGGAUCCAAUAGCAACUAUACGAAAGAAAUCCUAGAGCUACUCCAGGGAUUGGAGCGUGAAUGGCAGCCGGAUGUCAAGUGA